GAGAAGACUGACGUAGAAGGAACGCUGUUUGUUUACACAAGAUCAGCUUCUCCAAGGCAUGGCUUCACAAUUAUGAACAGACUGAGCAUGGAAAAUCGAACAGAACCUAUUACUAAAGACCUCGAUUUCCAACUGCAGGACCCUUUUCUACUGUACAGAAAUGCCAGAUUGUCCAUAUAUGGGAUUUGGUUUUAUGAUAAGGAAGAAUGCCAAAGAAUUGCAGAGCUCAUGAAAAACCUAACUCAGCAGGUUUUUUUUAAAGCACAGCAGGGCACAGGAGCAGGAGUGUCCCCAAUGAUCAUGAAUUCUGCUAAUAACAAAGAAGUGGAUAUCUUACGAAUGCUUACCAAGGCCAAAGAUGAGUAUACCAAGUGUAAGACCUGCUCAGAGCCAAAACAAAUAACCAGUUCCUCUGCAAUCUAUAACAACCCCAACCUAAUCAAACCAAUUCCAGUGAAGCCUAGUGAAAAUCAGCAUCAACGAAUAUCUCAGCAAAGCAAGAAUGUGGAUCCUGAACCACAGCACUUGUCUUUGACAGCACUGUUUGGAAAACAAGAAAAGCCAGAUGUCUCAGAACCGCUUAAUAAACAGCAUCAAGAGAAUCUUCCUGUUAGGCAGGGUGUGGUACGUUCACUGUCCUACGAAGAACCUACCAGGCAUUCGCCCUCUGCAGAGAAACAGCUUUGCCCCGCCAUUCAGAAGCUUAUGGUGCGUGGGACAGACCUUCACCCGCUUGCGGAGUUUCCUGUGAACCGACUCUGUGAAAAUGGCAAUAUCCACCCUGUGGGUGAGACUUUCACAGGACUCUUCCAACCUGUGACUUCUCAUGGUAUUGCAACAUCUCAUGUAGUUCAGGAAACUGCUGGCACUCAGAGCUUACUACAGAAAUUACAGGGUCAGUCAGGAUCAGUGAAUAAAAUGGAUCCCAGUGCAACAGCAUCUGUGAACUCGGCAGCUUCUGUGUUCCGCAGGACUCCUACUGCUGUUGGAGCACCAGCAGCACCAGUAAACAAUAUGAGCCAGCCACCUUUGGUAUAUUUCAAUGGUUCCCUACCAGGCCAGACUUUAGAGUCUCAGACACUUGGUAAAGAACAAUCCAAACUUCCUAGACAGGCACUUUCUCUCUCUGGCAAUCAAGCAGCCAACUCUGGGGUGAUUUCACCUCAAGAGUUACUGAAAAAACUCCAGAUAGUGCAACAAGAACAACAGUUGCAUGUAUCCAACAGACCAACCUUGGCAGCUAAGUUUCCUGUUGUUACUCAGAAUACCAAUACACUGAAACCACUGGAUUCCUGGAUAGAAAAGGCACCAGCUACAGAAAAACAGAGCUCGCUCUUUCAGGUAAUCUCCCCUCGUCGCAUCCCUCCUCGCCCCAUUCCUGCCACUGUGACUCCUACCUUGUUGAUGUCCCCAAUGGUGUUCACUCAGUCCACACCUGCUCCACCAAAAGCAAAUGAAAGUGGGCGGUUAACAGCAGCAAACCAAGAACCUGCUGCUAGCUCAGCUGGCCUUCUCCUGCCACUGCAAACCCCAGAGCCAUCUGUGGUUAGCAGCAGCUCAAUGACAAAGAUGCAGCUGCAGGAAACACUUCUACACCUGAUCCAGAAUGAUGACAACUUUUUAAAUAUUAUUUAUGAAGCAUAUCUCUUCAGUGUGAAAAAGGCAGCAAUGAAAAAGUGUAUGUGA